CGGAGGCUGAGGCAGAGAGAGUUAGAGUGAGCGAACAGAAGCUUGAAGCGACAGUGUGCGAGCCUGAUUGAAAGCCGACCAGGCUUUAAAGAAAGGAGCAGCAACUAGCCAUGUUGGCUUUUAUUUGCAAUCACUAGCCCUCGUGCUUCUGCUGCAUGCUGCAGCUUGCUUUGCGAAUGUUGCAGUGCAGGUCACCUCCUUCUCUUUUGGGAAAAAUGAGGAACCCCAGGGAGGUGUGAAUUUCUGGCACAAGUGCUCAGCACUGCGGCAUCUUGAUCCGAGCGAAGGAAUGUAGCAGAGAGGUUGGAGAAAGCCGAGACGAUCAUCCAUCCAGACUUCGGUUCCCGACCAUCCGUCAGCCUGUGCGUGUCUCUCUUCCCUUCUUCUCCCUGUGCAUCUCUCCUGGUCUGUGUAUGGGAGGUGAGGCACUGGCAGGCUGUCAGUCAGCAUGCGGCGGUGUGAACGGGCAGCCCAGUGCCCACAACACGCUAUGGAUAUCAGACACUCCUCGCUGUACUAAUGAAAGGCUUCAAGCUCGCCUGCACUGCCAGUAACUCAAACAAGAGCACGCCCGCCUGCUCACCAGUCCUGCGUAAACGCUCGCGCUCUCCCACACCACAGAGCCAGGAGGGUGAGAACAUGGUGGAGAAGGGUUCAGACCACUCCUCUGACAAGUCCCCCUCCACGCCUGAGCAGGUUGUCCAGAGAACGUACUCCGUGCAGUCGGCGCGAAGCGGGGGAAAGAACUCAAAGUCUCACAAGCGUCUUUCCAAAUAUGACAGGCUAAACCUGAUUAAAAAGAGCCAAAGCUGGUACAACCAUGAAAGACAACACAUCCUGAGAGUGCUGAGCCCGACAUACAAGCAGCGCAAUGAGGACUUUAGGAAACUCUUCAAGCAGCUCCCUGACACAGAGAGACUCAUUGUGGACUACUCCUGUGCUCUUCAGCGGGACAUCCUCCUGCAGGGACGACUCUACCUCUCUGAGAACUGGAUCUGUUUCUAUAGCAACAUCUUCCGCUGGGAAACGCUGCUGACGGUGCGGCUAAAGGACAUCUGCUCAAUGACAAAGGAGAAGACCGCCCGGCUCAUUCCCAAUGCCAUCCAGGUCUGCACGGACACUGAGAAGCACUUCUUCACCUCGUUCGGAGCCAGGGACAGGACGUACAUGAUGAUGUUUAGACUGUGGCAGAAUGCGCUGCUCGACAAGCCUCUGUGCCCCAAAGAGCUCUGGCACUUUGUUCAUCAGUGCUAUGGCAACGAGCUCGGCCUGACCAGUGACGACGAGGACUACGUUCCUCCCGAUGAUGACUUUAACACCAUGGGGUUCAGUGAGGAGAUUCCCAAUGAGGAGAAUGAGAUCAACAAUGAUAACUUGUCCAAGAACAACGUAGAAGCCAAGCCUGAAGGGAGCCCUCCUCCUGUACAAAAGAAGCUCAUCCCAAACAGCACCAUCCCCACCCCUGGCAACCACGAUACCAUCACAUUUGACCUCCCAGCUGAGGAAUAUGCAGACUGCCUGCCAGAUGGUGAUCUGCUGGCUGUCCCUCUGGUGGUGGAGGAAAAGAAUGAGACCAGUGGGCCUGCUGGUCCUGUCCCAUCACCGUCACUGGACUUCAAUGACAAUGAAGACAUCCCCACUGAGCUCAGUGAUUCUUCAGAAACACACGACGAGGGAGAGGUACAAGCCUUCCAUGAGGAUCUCAAUGGCAGGCAGCAUAUCAAUGAGAUCUACAAGUUCAGUGUGGACAAGCUGUAUGACAUCCUUUUCACGGAGUCUCAGUUCAUGAGUGAUUUCAUGGAGCAGAGGCGAUUCUCAGAUAUAGUGUACCAUCCAUGGAAGAAGGAGGAAGAUGGGAACCAGACCAGAGAAAUCAUGUACACCAUCUCUCUGUCCAACCCCCUGGCUCCCAAAACAGCCACAGUCACUGAGACACAGACUCUAUACAAAGCCAGUCAGGAGAGUGAGUGUUACAUCAUUGAUGCUGAGGUCAUCACACACGACGUCCCCUAUCAUGACUACUUCUACACUCUCAACCGCUACAUGCUCACGAGGGUGGCCAAGAACAAGUGUCGGUUACGGAUAUCAACAGAGCUGCGUUACAGGAAACAGCCAUGGGGGCUGGUAAAAGGCUUCAUAGAGAAGAACUUCUGGAGUGGGCUUGAAGAAAACUUCCGCCAUCUUGAGUUGGAGCUGUCCAAGCUGGAGGAGAUACUCAUGGAGACUCACCAGCUGUCUCCAAAGGCAAAAGUGGUGAAGAACUCCACGGUGAGGCGCAAGAAGAGGCCGCUUCCCCACAUGCGCAGCCAGCAUCUGGAUGAGGCCCUCAGCCCCGUUACCACGCCGACAGAUGAGGAAGUGAUCCAGAGGAUCAAACACGUGGCCGGCUCCACGCAAACGAGACACCAGAGUCCAGAACACCUGCCCGGAGGCUUCGCUCUGUACAGCGUCUCCAAACUGCUGCUCAUCAUCAGCUUUGUGAUCUGUCUCAGCCUGGUCCUGCUUGUGUUCCUCAACAUGAUGCUUUUCUACAAACUGUGGAUGCUGGAGUACUCUGCGCAGUCCUUAACAACCUGGCAAGGUCUGCGGUUUCAUGAAAGUAAACUGCCUCAGACGCAGAUGGAGUGGGCCCAACUCCUGGAGGCACAGCAGCGGUACCACGAUGCUGAGCUGCAAAAGUGGAGGGAGAUUAUCAAGUCAUCCGUAGUGCUGCUGGACCAGAUGAAAGACUCUUUAUUGAACCUCCAGAGAGGCAUUGGUUUAAGGGACUACCCCUCUGAGACUGAGGAGAAACGCAGUCGCUAUCACUGACACACUACCAUCAGGCCAUGAGGGCAUGCUGUGCAAUACGGGACCUGUUUUCUUUUUGAACCAGUAUGCCGUCAGCGGCAAGACAGAGAGAGAACAGAGAGGGGUGGUGGGACCAAUAGUGAGCGGAUCCAUGGACAUAAAGAGAGGAACAGUCAUCUCUAGCGUAUGGAAGUUAAAACCACCCCCAGAGGACGAAACCACGGACAGAAAGGGUCCCGAUCACACACAGGAAUCGAGCUAUCCCCAACAAGAGGAGGUGCAAGACUUGCUUCCUCUAAACACCUUGGGGAUAACCGUUUCCUUCUACUCUCUUUAUUUCCAAGUGCAUCCUACUGUAAGCUAUGUGAGCCAGGAGCGUGGCGGAGAGAGCGAAGGAAAACUACUGCAUGCAUUUAGACAACCUAUCUCCCCUCAGUCAGUGUUAAUGUGGUCCAGUUCCAGUCUAUGUGUGUCUGAAAAAGAACAGAAGAAGAGGAGAGAUUGAGUCAAAGAAAAGGGGAGGGGGAUCCUUUUGAGUCUUAACGGCUUUCUACACUCUCCGACUGUUCCAAAUCAAUCGUACCCUAGAGGUCCUCGCUGCAGCGUCCCUUCAGUAAACCUCCAGGUGAUCAGAGGACAGGUUCACUCCACGAGAAAAGACGUAUUGUAGCUGGGAGAUCAGCUUCACUGAUCAGCCCUUAUUGCCUUGUUUGAGCCUGGACUGUGUGGUUUCUGUCCGGGCUGGUUCCCUGACAUACCGAUGAGUAGAGCGUAAGAUUGAUAAGAUGCGAUUCGCAGGCUCGGUUUCUCCCGUCACAGUGUUACCUACCUUAUGUCGCAUUAUUUCUCAUCCUUCUGAUGAAGUCGAAUGUAUUAGUCUGGGGGAAAAAAGAAAAGAAAAAGGCUGGACUUUGAUCACAACUUGAUAAACUUUGAAACGGGGACGCUGCAGCUAGACCGACCAGUAGGGAGUCCUGUGUUCUUACAUGUUUUAUUACUAAACUGUGAUUAUAUCUCUUUAAAAAUGUUUCAGAUUGGAAAGAGGUCAUGAAUAUAUUUGAAAUAUAUAAGAAUAUUUCAUUAUUAUAUAAUAUAUAUACAUAUAUAUAUAUAUUUAAAAAUAUAUAAAAAACAUUACCUAUAUUUAUUGUUAAUUUAUGUACAUACAGAAAUGAUCAGAGCUCUAGACCAGUUAAAGAAUUUCUAACAAAAAGUGUUUUCUUCUAAAGAUGCAUGCCAGAUAUGUCUGUGACAUGUCCAGUGUGCAAGUAUGAUUCUUCAUUCGCGCGAUUAUGUUCGCGCACGUGAGCGUGUGUGUGUGUGUGUGUGUGUGUGUGUGUGUGUGCAGGAAUUUUUACCAUUCCACAUGUCUAUGUUUCUUUUCUGGCUCUUCCAGCUGGACUGCCUUCUUUUCUUUUUUUAAUGCUGAUGUGUUUGGAUGCUGCCUUGCAUUUGUCCCACCAGGGUGCAGCUGCACAUUUGAAGAGUUUUGUUCCAAAAUGAUGUAUCAGACAGCUGGAAACAGCCACGAUCGAUUGGUUAGGUAGUGUCACAUGCACAUUUGGCUAAGAAGCUAAACGAUGCCUGGCUCGACCGCAGGAGGAAACACAAACCCCUUUGAGGUUGUGUCAGUAAGAGCAUCUCGCUUAAAAUCAAAAAUAACCGGAGCUACCUGCUGUGACAACCCUUUCUAAAUAAGGGCAGGCAAAAAAAGUAAAAAUAUAUAUUUUUUGCAGUUUGCAAAAAUGAAAUGGAUACAUGCUAUUUUGGAAAUGAACCCUUCGUGCCCCCUGUGAGCAACUCUUCUGUUCAUUUCACCACAUUAGCUGCCGCUGUUUGCUAAACAGGAAGAGGUUUUGGCAUUUUAGGAAAUCUGCACAUUUGCUGUAAGGUUGGAUGAUAUGAUCAGAUGCUACUGUCACGUGUGUAAACUAAGUAAGUAAAUAAGAAACAAAAAGAAAUUAAGCCUGACAGUUUUUGUUCAUUCUUUGUAAGUUUAGAUCUACCUUCAUAUUUGGCAUCUUGGUAGGAUCUUUUCAUCUUACUCUCAGUAAAAAAAUAAAUAAAAAGUGAGAGCAUAAGCACAUUCCUCAAAAUCGAAACCUCUUCCUUUAAAAAUACCUGCGUUAACUCAAAAUGUACUCUACCUUUCCCCGUUUCAAGUGUCUGUCUUGGAUGCAGUGAAAGCAUGAGAAUUAACUUUAUGCAACUAAAUUGAACCAAAAGAAAGUAGAAAUGUACUUUCACAGAGGACGUAUUGUUUUAAAUUAAGUAUU